AUGUUGUCAUUCAUUCCCUCCACUUUUUUCAGCUCCACUGAAGUUAGCAUGAGAAGCUUAUGUAGAGUGGAGGCAUUGUUUGUCUUUUCUAAGGAAACAGACCCAGAAAGUUGGCACACAAACACUCAAAGGAACAACUCAUCAAGAAAAAACAAACAGAUACUUCUAUUUCUCAAUCAAACAAAAAGAUAGAAAAUAAAAAAUAAAAAAUCAAAGCACCCAUCUCUCAAUUAUUUCAUUCCAUUUCAAAAAACCAUACACCCAUAAAUCCCCCCUCACCCAUCCAUACAAGUGCUUGCAAUAACUGCUACAACAACAAAAAAUGAUACACCUUGUGUCGCUAGUGAUAGUCAUGAUGGUGGUGGUGGUGGUGGUGCCACACCACUUGGGUGGUGGCCCGGCGUUAGCCGCCAUCACUGACGGUGGUUUCCAGCACUUAAACGUGCAAGAAUCGAUCACGGGGUUUGAAAUCCAGCCAUCGGAAAUGAUGGGUCCUCACCAAUUCUCGAAAACUGAUUACAACGAAGGUGAUUCGGUGUGGCGAUUGAAGUUACUGCACCGUGACGUGAUCUCGACCGCAAACUUCUCAAGCCAGCGUCAUCGGUUUGAUGAACGCUUGAAAAGAGAUGCGAGGAGGGUGGCAAGCUUGACUCGACGACUUACACGUGCUGGUUACCGGGUGGAGGAUUUCGGGUCGGGUAUAGUAUCAGGUAUGGAUGAAGGAAGCUGGGAAUAUCUGGUGCAGAUAGGUGUAGGCAGUCCACCAAGAAAUCAAUACAUGGUUAUUGAUUCAGGAAGUGAUAUUGUAUGGGUCCAGUGUCAGCCUUGUCAGCAAUGCUACAAGCAAUCUGACCCGGUAUUUAACCCAGCCGACUCAGUUUCAUUCGCUGGCGUAGCUUGUGACUCUGCAAUCUGCGGCCAGCUCGAGAAUGCAGGCUGUCAUGCCGGUCGGUGCCGCUACGAGGUCUCAUACGGAGAUGGGUCGUACACAAAGGGUACGGUUGCAUUGGAGACGCUAACCUUCGAGCGAACCACGGUUCGUAACGUAGCCAUUGGAUGUGGUCAUAGAAACCAUGGGUUAUUCUUCGGUGCAGCCGGUCUACUGGGGUUGGGUGGUGGGUCGAUGUCAUUCGUGGGUCAGCUCGGUGGACAGAUGGGCGGUGCAUUUGGAUAUUGUCUCGUGAGCCGUGGAACCGACUCGUCUGGAUCACUGGUCUUCGGUCGAUCUUCCAUGCCAACUGGCGCUGCAUGGGUCCCACUUCUUCGGAACCCGCGAGCUCCUAGCUUCUACUACGUUGGACUCACAGGGCUCGGUGUAGGUGGCACGCGAGUCCCCCUGUCUGAGGACGUGUUCCAGCUCACAACAUCAGGAGAUGGGGGCGUUGUCAUGGAUACUGGGACUGCAGUCACGAGGCUUUCCAAGCCGGCUUAUGAGGCACUGAGAGACGCGUUCGUCGCUGGUACUGUGAACCUACCAACGGCUACGGGGCCAUCGCUGUUCGACACGUGUUAUGAUCUCUCUGGUUUUGAAUCAGUGCGGGUUCCGACAGUGUCGUUUUAUUUCUCAGGUGGGGCUAUAUUGACAAUUCCGGCUAGGAAUUAUCUGAUUCCUGUGGAUGGGAUGGGGAAGUUCUGUUUUGCAUUUGCGCCAUCAGCUUAUGGGCUUUCUAUAAUAGGAAAUAUUCAACAGGAGGGGAUUCAGAUAUCAUUUGAUGCUGCAAAUGGGUUUGUGGGCUUUGGGCCCAACACUUGUUAAGUAAUGUAAGAGAUGUUAAUGAAGAUGAAAAAGAGUUUUGGUGGAGUUUGAUGUAAUAAUAAUAGCAAUAUGGUACUGGUAGAGAGUGAGAGUGGUGUAAGUACAGUGAAUUAUAGGGUAAUAUAGGUGUUUGAGAAGAUGGAAAACCUUGUAAAAGAAAUAAAUCUACUCUUUAUCUUAUUUUCAAGUGGAAAUUUUGGUUAAGGAAAA